GUGGGAACGUCCACUCUCCAUCCACUAGCAUGGCCGGUUCUGGACAAUACAGGCAGCUUAUCAAUGACUACGGACCCCCGUCUCUAGGCUACACACAAAGUGUGCAGGGUACUAGUAGCAGUCAAGUUCCACAGAGCAAGUACGCAGAACUUCUGGCCAUCAUAGAAGAACUAGGAAAAGAAAUUAGGCCAACGUACGCCGGAAGUAAAAGUGCCAUGGAGCGGCUAAAACGAGGCAUAAUUCACGCUAGAGGAUUAGUUCGAGAGUGUUUGGCAGAGACCGAGCGGAACGCAAGAUCCUAGCUCACCCUCUCAAGA